AUGUUUAAGCAAGAAAAUGUGUAGAUACUUGCACAAAUAAAUAACUUUAUGAUCCAUAAAAAUUACUUUGCUAAUAAUGCUAUUAUUAUGAUGGAAUAUGCUAAAGCUCAUGUCCUAUUGGUUUUUACUCUGACAAUACUUUUUAAUGUUAAUAGUGUAACUCAUAAUGUAAAUCAUGUAAAGGGCCUAAUAGUAAUUAAUGUACUAGAUGUAACUUUCCACUUUAUUUAUAGGAUGACAACACUUGUUCUGUAUGCUUAUUAGGAUAAUUCUUAGAUUAACAAUAAAAUAUUUGUAAAAUGUGUAAUAUUAGAUGCUUAUCCUGUUUUGGACCGAAUUCAAACAACUGUUUAUCUUGCGUAUAACAUAAAAUUCUAUCAAAAGACAAUAAUGAAUGCUUAACUUAAUCUUAAAUUUAAAGUUAAGUUGAAAAUGAAUUAAAGAUAAAAUAUUCUAAUUGUGACCAAACAAGCUUUGAUUGCUCUUCUCUUUUUGCUCUAUAAGAACUUAUUUAAAAAGUUUCUUCAGGAGUGUUUAUAGCUACCAUUAUCUCCCUCUUUUUAUUUUUAAUUUUUUCUAGUUCAAAUGGACUAUUAGGCUGGUACUGUAUUUAGAUAUUUUAGCUGA